GCCCACAACACCAACAAGCAACCAUCAACCAUUUUUUGACAUGGGGAAUUGUUUUUGAGCAAUAACCUCGUGAUCCUCCGUAGUACACAUUCAAUGAGUGGUUUUAAAUCUCUCUAUCUAGCAUUGUCAAGAGAUGGCUAGGAUAAAACUUGAAGGUCGGGAGAUCUUUCCUGCGAAGACAGAAGGUGGAAAUCCAAACGUUUGCGUCGAUACACCGUUCAUUCUUGCAAAAGCAAGAUGGGUCGGAGAUGAAGAAGUGUCUAUCUGUAUUGCAUGCAACAACAAGUUUAACCAGUUACGUCGUAAGCAUCACUGCCGACAAUGUGGACGAGUACUCUGCGCCAAAUGCUGCAAAGAGAAAGUUCCUCUUCCCCACCUAGGCCUUGAGGAUCCGGAAAGAGUCUGCGAUCUCUGUUUGCCGAUUUCAGAACUCCUCACAAAAGCUCGCUCAAAAAUAACAGCGUUUCAGAUCGAAGCGGCAAACGGAAUCUCUAAAGGUGUCCAGGACCCUCAGACCAUCAUCCCAAUGGUAGAGCUAGGAGGGAUUCAGACCCUGAUCUACCUAACCAGAGUCAACUCCAGCGAUCAGGUCAAACGAGCCUGUGCCUCUGGUCUGCAUAUCCUGUCCACGAAUCAACCGUUGCUAUUUGUCCUGGCAGAGGCCGGAGCUAUUAAAGCGCUAUGCAGUGUCUUGACAAACGUCUUGGAGUCCCAAGAGAGAUUAAUAGUUGACGGACUCAGUGCCUUGAUGAUCUUCUGCAAAUCGGCUGAUCUCAAAUCCAGAGUAAUUCAAGAUGGGGCGUUACAGCCUGUUCUUCAACUCUGUGGUGUCUCAUCCAGUGCUAUCGCUCUCCUGGCAGUCAAUACAUUGAAUCUCAUCACUGAAGACACUCAAAGCCACAAAGCCAUCAUUGAGAGUAACCAUAAUGCACUGGUGAAGCUUCUUGCAUUAACGGCAUCCACAGAUGAACAGAUGCAAGAGGGGUCACUCAAGACAUUGGCAAGACUAUCCAAAGGAACAGAAUGGCAUCGACACAAAAUCAUCCAGGAGGAUUUCUCAAGCGGGAAGCUGAUCUUAAGAGCUCUCAAGAACCGACCGAAGAACAUCCAAGUCUUGUGUAACGUCUUGUGUCUUGUUGGGAAUCUAGCAACAUGUGAACAAGAUCAGGCCUCAUUGAUGGAAUACAUGGAUUGUGUUUGCCGACUCAUGAUCGAGUUCAGAGAGAAGAAUGAGAUUGUCCUCCAAGCCUCCAGAGGGAUUGCCAACUUUGCCAAAUGUCCCCAGAAUGCUUAUAGACUCGGACAGCAUACAGCAGACAUCGUGUCCAUUUGUAUGAAGUCCAAUGUUCCUGAUGUCCAUUACUAUGGUUUAAGAGCCAUCUUCUAUCUCCUGAAGCAUUCUACAGCAAUAACUACCAUGGAUCUUAUGAAAGACGGAGCAACAGAGGUGUUUACAGCUCUGGCCAGUACCCCGGGAGCUAUCGACAACAUCCAGCGAAGUCUGUCAGAUCACAUCGUGGAGAUCGUUGGUCCUUAGUGUCCAACACAAGAGGGCGCUUUUUAUCCACUAGUUUGAAGCCAGUAGUGUAGAAACUGCAGCAGGCCAACUCCGUUGGGCUCUAUUCAAAUGAAAAGAAGUGAAAACCCAACUAGACAACUCCCCAGCAGGUCAUACUCGGCUGGCUCGUCAACAGGCCUUAUCUGUGGCAACUUUGCGGUGUUUUCCAACAAACACAAUAGAAAUACAAUUGUAUGUUUCUGUUAAUUCCAGCCUCAUUGAGGACAGUUACACAACAUCACUUGUACACAUGUGAUUUUGUUCCAUUUCUCAAGCCCCCUCCCACCCCCACACUAACAAUAACACACAACAAAAAAAACAGUAUUAUUGGAAAGGUUUCUUUAUUGUGCUUUUUAAAAACUGUUACUUUUUGUAUGUACAGUUAUAACAACUGGUGAGAGGACCAAAUAUAAAGCUUGUAGCAAGGUGUUUAAAAGUGGGGCGGCCAUUGCACUGACAGUCCCCGCAAUAAUCUGUAUGCCAGGACUAACAAAUAUAUAAAUGUUUUCUUCAUUUCACCUGUUAUUUUUUCUUUUCUUCUAUUCUUUUUUGUGCCGUCUGCAUAUACAUGUAGUUGCUCUUAGCUAUAGAUUUUAGCUAUGGCCUGACCAUGCCUAGUUCACUGCCCACACUUUAUUAUUGGAAAAUAAAGUCAUACUGAAAACUUGUUAACCCCCAUUCAUCCUUAGGCUGGGUGCUCAGGUUGUGUUUAAAUGCCCCAAAUAAUGUCAUGAAAACUAUCACAAGAGGGCGGUAUAACUUUUGUAAAGGCAGAGCCAUAAUAAUACGGCUCUGUGUAAGUUUACAAAGUAAUCAUUAUCACAGGAGGGCGCUAUAAAUCUUAACUACCUUUUUUUAUUGAAUAACAUUGCUAUAAAUUCAGUACAAUCAAGUGAUUAAUGUAUUUUUUUCCUUAUGCAUUUCUAAUUUUAUUAUACCACCAUUUGUAAAAUGGUCAACUUAAAAUUUAUAUAGUUUUCUGAAAUGUAACACCAAUACCAUUUCCAUAACAUGGUUUGAAAAGAGAGGUUUCUGUUUGUUUUAAACUUAACAUUGCUCACAACUUAUUUGCACCAAUGCAAUGGCCAAUGCUUAUUUUUAAUCCACAUGCUGUUAAAAUGCUUAAUCGCAAAUGUCAUUUAUUAUAGUCAACAAAAUGUAUGCACUGCAACAGAUCAUAAAUGAUCAUAAAUCUUUCUUAACUUUCCACAAGCCUUCUGUUUCGUAAAGAAAUUGGAAAACAAAUAUUUUUGUAAUUACAUUUUGUAAAGAUUUAUAGUUACUUUUUAUUUUAAAAUUAAUUCCCAUUUAUAUUGUCGAAUUUCUACGUUAUUUUACCUGGCGAUAGAUGCCUACAGCUGUACGAAAAUUUGAAUUGAGAAUCAUUUAUUGUAAAUAAUUGUUGAAAUAGGUCACAUUAUAUGCUUUUAUUUUUUAAUUUUUUUUCUGCAUUUUGUUAAUAGAACGGAAAUGCAUUUAAAAACUUGUAAACCUUCAAACUGAAAACGGUUACUAAAACAAUUUAAUUUUGUAUGCAUAUCUUGUAAUUUUUGUAAAAUAAAAUUCUUGCAAUUGUAACCAAUGAUACUAAAUAAACUGAUAAAUGAAAUAUUAGGUAUUCAA